AAUUUGAUAUAAGAAUUUAAUACAAACAAUAUCCAUAGUUAAAAUAUUCAUGGACCGAUGGAUUUGGGAGAAUAAAGAAAAAAGAGCUGCAGAAGAAAACAGGCAAACAAUUACCCACGUUCGAUUGUACGAUGGAGAGGACAAGACCUCUUUUGACCAAGGAUCACUAACUGUUUCAACUCACAGGUUGCUCUGGAGUGAUGGAAAUAGAAAUAUUGAACUGCCCCUUAAGUGUAUUACUAAAGUAGAAAGCCAUGGUGCUAAAUUUACCAAAAGUGCUAAAGUGAUACUUACUCUAUCUAAAUCACCUCAUUCACAGACCCCUGGUCCCAUAACUGACAGUAAGCAUGAUUACAUCAAGCUUUCAUUUGUUAAAGGUGGCCACCAAGAGGGUGAAACAUCAAUUAGAACCUGUUUGAAUGAGAAGAGGUGGGAGAAAGGAGUAAUCGCAGCUCCAAAUAAGAAAAGUUCACUGAUGGGGGGAGGGCUUGUUCGUAUUGAACAACAAAUUGAGUCCUCUCGUCAAAACGCUGAUCAAUCCCUCAACUCUGCAUUCAAAGAUAUUGAUAAUUUAAUGGUCAAGGGUAAAGAAAUGGUGAUUCUUGCCGAGCGCAUUGCUCAAAAACUUUCUGAUGUAAAAACCGAGGGUGAUGAGACUGUUGAAUUAAAAUCAGCUUUACUGUCGAUUGGUAUUUCUAACCCUGUCACACGAGAAUCUCAUGGCACUGGAACAUCAUACCAUAAAAGUUUGGGCAGUGAACUGGCCAGGAUGUUGGAUGGUCCCCUUCGCGAAGCUGGUGGUGUUCUUAGUGUCAGUGAAGUGUAUUGUCGCUACAACAGGGCACGUGGCAUUGAAUUGGUUUCACCUGAAGAUGUUGUUAAUGCGUGUAAAACGUUAACACCGGAACAACAUGGCAUGGAAUUGAACAAAUUUUCUUCCGGGGUUUUAGUAGUUGAAGGUGAUAACUUCAAAUCUAUUAUGGACAACUUACUUCAGACAAUAAAAUCAAAUGAAUGCUGCACUGCAAUGAAUUUAAGUAAUGUUAUGUCUAUUCCUUUGCUGUUAGCAAAAGAACGCCUUCAAGCAGCUGAGCAACACGGAAUUGUGUGCAGGGAUGAAACUGAUGAUGGAAUUUUCUUUUAUGAAAAUUUGUUCUGCUUGAUGUGAUUAUCAGGAAAUAUUGAUUUAUAAUUAAUCAAUAGCUACUAAAGUGGUGCAUUUCGAUAGCACACUGUGCAAAAGUGCCACAGCACGGGUAAAUAUAAUAAAUUAAUUCUUUUAAAUUGUGCGAAUAAUUAUAAGUACAGUAUGACAGUUUUGUAAGUUUUCACCUAGUGUAAUUUUAAAAUUAAAAUGUUGAAGGUGAGUGUAUCAUGUGGUAUGCUAUGUAAUAUGUAUUCAGUGCUCUAGAUUA